GCUAGAGGCCAGUGUUUCGCGACUGUCGCAAAUCCAGUCAAACGUCAAAGUUUCAUGAAAUAUUCGGUUUUUUCUCCGAAAAAAAACACGACCAGCUGCCCAAAAGAGCCAAACAGUGCAUUCUACAGUACAAAUUUAGCAUAUCAAAGUUUCGAUUGCAUUGCUGUGAGUGCGGUGGAUACCUAAACGACGUGAAAAGAUUGCUAUGUUUGCGGACAUGUUCACAUGCUCGGCCGUUUUUUUUUCGUUUUUUUACCAAAAUAAACCAAGGCGACCACACUAAAAUGUAGUAGAACCAUUCGAGACCUCCGCAUUAAUUCUAAUAAUAAGCCAAAUUGCCCAAAUAUAUUCGUUGAACUGUUAAAAUGGGGGCCAAGUUUAGCAGCACCAGUGAUGGCUCUCAGAGCCCUAGGACAAGAGCUUUUUCAACCAGUAGCAGUACAGACGUUGUUGCUACUCCCGGCUUCAGAUUGAUGAGGUCAUUGGGAAUGGAGAAUGACCGACAAAGAGCCAGAUCAUUAUCAAGUGUGCCAGACCUGCAUGGAGGGUCAGGGAAUGAGGCUCAUCGGGCUCAGAACGGGGGCCCAAACUUAGCAACGGAAGGGCCAGUGGUUGAUAGCCCAGACGCUGAUACUGACAGCAGUGCAGCAGAAGACGGAGCUCACGGCGCGCUGAUUGGAAGCUCAGCCGCAGCCGCCCUUACUAGAGUGUAUGCCGCCCAUUCUUUGCCUGGUCACAUAUGGAGUUUAAAUGGUAUAAAAUGCCCCGUUUGCAGCAAAUUUGUGGUUCCCGACGACAUCGAGUGCCACCUCGUCAUGUGCCUCACAAAACCCCGCCUUUCCUACAACGAAGACAUCCUGACCGAUGAUAGAGGCGAAUGUGUAAUUUGCCUUGAGGAACUCAGUCAAGGGGAUGUUAUCGCUAGACUGCCCUGUCUGUGUAUAUAUCAUAAAACGUGUAUAGAUAAAUGGUUUGAAGUGAACAGAUCUUGCCCGGAGCAUCCAGGCGAUUAGCAAGGAAAUGCGUGCGUUUGAGAGACUAAUUCUUGUAAAAACCGUGUAAAUACCGUGUACAUUAGCUAAUAUUAAUUGAAAAGUUUAACCGCAAAGGAACCAGAAGGCGAAAACGUGUACACUUUAAGUACCAGAAGGUCGUCUAUUUUAUCGUCUGAUUAAAAGUGAAAGUGACAAACUUGGACAAAAUGUGGUUGAAAAUAGCUGCAUUCAAUUGUGAUACGCUCAUUUCUUAUCAUUAAGCAUCGAACUGUUAGUCCGAUCGUUUCCUUAAGCGAGGAUGUCGAGGUUUCUUCUAUCUGUUGCGCGCCCGUCGGUUGAACUAUCGUGAAUCGUAUUUGGAGCGUUGAAUUAUCAGACAAAAAUAAUACAGAUUAUUUGUUAUUCCUGACUUAGUAGCAUAUUUUUGAUACUACAAUAACCACAUCUCAUACUGUAUUCAACUAUUAUGUGUGUGAUGUAAAGAGAAUUCAAGGUUUCACUAGCAAGUUGAGUAGUAUACAUAUAAUGAAUUAUCCUUCUCUGGUAGCACUCUCACAAACACAAUUAGCAAAUGAAUGCCUUGAAACACUCUUUCCAACGGUUUGCAAACAUGUUUCCAUCCAAGCUAUUGAUCGGUGCUAUUAUUUUGCGGUUUUUGAGAAAGGCCAUAAUCUGCUGAUUUAGCUACGUUUUAGUGACUGUUUUCUUAUUCUCGAAGAGGAUUUAAAUUGUCCCACUUUUGUACAAUGAUCGUUAAGUUCACGUUUUUUUCUGAGUUGCCUACUCCGAUGGUGGUGCCAUAUUUUAUAUUAUACUGUUAUACUACCCCUUAAAAUGUAUGAUAAUAGUCACUAGGUUAAUGAAUAAAGUGAUACGUUUACAACA